AUGUCACCCACAGCAACAGAACAUUGUCGUAAACGACGUAAUAGCCUUGAACUUUUACAAUAUGCAAAACGUUUUCAAGAAAAAUAUAUUCUUCAUCAAUUUUGGAUAGAUUUAACAAUGAGUAGAAAAAUUCGAGAAAUAUCAGAAGUACCUGAUGUUGAUAUUGGUGAAGCUGGUUGUUUUAAAUAUAUAUUAAUUGAAGUUCGUGAUUGUGAAAAAAAUUAUGGUAAAUCAAAAUUUGUUGUUCGUGGUGAUGCUGCAUGUGCUUAUCAUGCUGAUGUUCUCGAUAUAAUGGAAAGUCAAAUUGAUUCAACAAAAUUAGUAUUAGAUUGUAAAGGUGGUGGUCGUAUUCGUGUUGAUCCAAAAAUACGAACAAUAUCAGUUUAUGGUUAUUCAAUGGGUUUUGGUCGAGCUGAUCAUGAAAAAACGGUCGAAAUUUUAAAGAAAAAAUAUCCAGAAUGGACUAUCGAAAUUACAGACGAAGAAUAUUAG